AUUACAGUACCUACAGCCAAGCUGCAGCUCAGCAGGGCUACAGCGCCUAUGCACCUCAGCCAGCUCAAGGAUAUGCACAGACCACCCAGAAUGCAAGUUACUACAACCACAUUUGUCUACAAACUCCAACCAUGUUCCCAAAGACGUACGGGCAGCAGAGCUACGGGACCUACGGGCAGCCCGCGGACGUCAGCUACACCCAGCCCCAGAGCACGGCCACCUACGGACAGACGGCCUACGCCACGUCCUACGGGCAGCCCCCGACUGGUUACAGCGCCCCGAGCGCGCCCCCCGCGUACCCCCAGCCCGUGCAGGGCUACGGCAGCGCCGCCUACGACACCAGCACGGCCACGGCCACCACCACCCCGACGUCCUACGCCGCCCCCGCCGCCUACGGCACCCAGCCCGCGUACCCGGCCUACGGGCAGCAGCCGGCCCCCGCCGCGCCCGCCAG